GGGAGCGGAAGUGCUGUGCUGUGUGUGUUGACAACGAGAAGUCGCAUGUGUCCAGUGGAGGCUUAAAAACCUCUGCCGAGAAAGAUGACAGCCCAGGAGGUGCGUCUGUGUGGUCUGCUGCUGCAGGAGCACUUUGGAGAGGUUGUGGAGAAAGUGGGAACACACCUGCUUAAAAAUGGAGCACAGAAUUUAAGAACCAUCAUUCAUGAGACUGACACCUCACUGGACCUGGUAAAGAAGUCUCUGUGUGUGCUUGUGCAGCAUGGCACCUGCGUGUUCAGCUCAGGCCGUAAAGGACCCGGGAGUCCCACAGAGUAUCAGACAUGCUCUAAUUGGAUUCUGAGAAUUCUACGUUACCCACGUUACAUCUACGCCGCAAAAACCCUGUAUGGAGACACUGGAGAGCUAAUCAUAGAGGAGUUACUGCAGAGAGGUCACAUGACCCUGAGCAGCACGGUUAAGACAGUCGCUGACCGCCUCACACAAAACAUGGAGGAGGGACACAGCAUGGAUUACGGUGAAGUGUCUAAUACCUUCUCCAAACUGGUGGAGACUCAUUUUCUUCAGCGAUGCCCUCCACCACCUAGAGCGGGAACAAAAGACAGUAGUACUCCAGCUACACCAGCUACUCCAGCAACACCUGCUACUCCUGCUAGCACCGCCGUGCCCACACCAGAGAGCUUUCCUGACUGCUACAAGAUACCACAUGUGACACUCGCAGGGCGAGGCAAGCGCCAGCUCUCCGCUGAGGAUGGAGAGGACCAAAGGAAUGCAAAGAAACCCAAAUUAGACUCACAGACACAUGGUGACGAGGGGAUUUACUGGCAGGUGAAUUUUGAGAGGUUCCACCUUCACUUCAGAGAUCAGGCCAUCGUCACUGCAGUGGCCAACAAACUGGACCAGACAAGCAGUGAGAUUGUGAGGACUAUGUUGAGGAUGAGUGAGGUGACUACCUCGCCCACAGCCGCCUGCACAAAACCUCUCUCAGCCAACGAGAUCUUCCGGUCGCUCCCAGGCAGCUACAACAUUUCUAGACCCAUCUUAGACCAGUACCUCACUCUGCUGGUGGAUGACCCGAUGGAGUUUGUGGGGAAGGCUGGUGAAAGUGGAGGAGGGAUGUAUGUUGUCAAUCUUCACAAAGCACUGGCCAAUCUGGCACGAGCCACAAUCGAGUCUGUGGUUCAGGAGAGGUUUGGCUCCCGGUCAGCACGUAUUUUCCGCCUGUUGCUAAGGAAGCGUCAUUUGGAGCAGAAGCAAGUAGAGGAUUUUGCCAUGGUUCCAGCCAAGGAAGCCAAAGACAUGCUCUACACGCUGCUUUCACAGAACCUGGUCCAACUGCAGGAAGUCCCCAAAACCCCUGACUACGCACCCUCUCGUACCUUUUAUCUUUACACCGUCAAUCAACUGCCAACUGCUAGGAUGCUGCUGCAGAACUGCUACAAGACGGUGGCAAACCUCAUAGAGAGACGCCUGUUUGAGACCAAAGAGAGCAAACGUCUACUGGAGAAAUCCCAGCGAAUUGAGGCCAUCCUGGCAUCACUGCAGGCCGGCGGGGCGGAGCCUGAACAGCUGACAGAGGUUGAGGAAAUGAUAACCACUACUGAAAAGCAACAGCUGGAGGCCUUACGACUUCACAUCAACAAGUUAGAUUCAGCGGAAAACCAAGUAGAUGAAACCAUCUUCCUUCUGGAGUCUUACGUGAUCUCCACUGCCACAUCCACCAGCUGAGUCACAUGUUUGAGCAUUGAAACUCACCCAUAGCAAACAUGAACAUUUGCCCUCACUAUUUGUAUAUAAAUGGUUUCAAGUACAAUUGUUUUAUAGUUUAAUGCUGGAAUAUUUGGAGUAGAAUAAAAUCAUAAAUAUA